AUGUCAAACCUAUUUACAUUAUCUUCGAAACUAGCAGCCCAAUUGGAUCAAGAACUAAUGGGUCCAAAAGUUGGAUUCACUUUACAACAAUUAAUGGAAUUGGCAGGAUUCAGCGUUGCACAAGCUGUUCAAAAAGAAUAUGCUAUCGAUGACCUAAACAAGAAUAAAAAAGUACUCGUAAUUGCUGGACCUGGUAAUAAUGGUGGUGAUGGACUAGUAUGUGCAAGACAUUUGAAGUUGUUUGGAUAUAACCCGGUAGUUUAUUAUCCAAAGAGAAGUUCAAGAACUGAAUUUUAUGGACAAUUAGUCAAGCAAUUGGAUUUUUUUAACAUUCCAAUUCUCGAAGAGUCAGAUGAUUGGCUACAAUACCUAAAACCAGAACAAACAAUUUGUAUUAUCGAUGCUAUAUUUGGUUUUAGUUUCAAGUCACCAAUGAGAGAACCAUUUGGUAAAAUAGUAGACGAAGUAAGUAAAAUAGAUAAUACAAUUCCGGUGGUCGCAGUGGAUGUUCCUAGUGGAUGGGAUGUCGACGAAGGUCCAACCUCAGAAACCUACAUCACUCCAUCUCUUCUGGUAUCAUUGACGGUCCCUAAGCCAUGCAGUAAACAUAUUGACACUGCAAAGACUAGUCACUAUGUUGGUGGAAGGUUUAUUCCAAAUCAUUUUGCGGAAAAAUAUGGUUUCAAAACUUUCAAAUAUCAAUCGACAGAACAGGUAAUGAAACUUUAG